GCCUUUCUAUUACGGUUUAACCACGUUCUCGUAGUCCAUAACUCUCUUUUCACCCUUCGCGAUGACAAAAUGACAAAAAGUUGGGAUCGAAUCCGAAAAGAUUGAGAUUUGCAAUUCUAUUCAAGUUUCUUUAACUUACAAAUUACAAUCUUUUUUCCCAGAUAUUACCGAAUUCAUUCUGUAAAUUAGGCAAUAAUUAGAGAGCACAGAGGCAAGUUGGCAGGGAACCUUCGUGGAUCUUGCAAUUCUACCUCCUCUGAAACCGCCAUAACAACUGGCGGAAGGGACAGGUGCAAAUCAUUAUAAAAUACAAUGCGAUCUCCAAAAUCAAAACCGUGUUGUGUCUUUCUUUAACAUUCCAUUCUUGUGUAAGCCAAAUUCCAACAACUUAUUGAUUCAUUCCACGACUCUUCUGAUCUAAUCUCUUUACUUUCCAAUAUUAUAACUUAUCUUCUUUCCUCUUCCGACUCAAGCUCAAAAACAAUAUAUAAGUCUCGUUUCCGAACACAACCUUCAUCGUAUUCAUGAAAUCCGACGCAGCAUCCUCAAUGGGUUCUUCAAAUGAUAAGAAGCGCACUUCCGUUUCAACUUUUGCAAGAUUACGAAGAAAACUCUCUCCAAAAAAGACCGACUCGCGUUCUGUUUCAUUAGAGAGCAGUACCUGCGGCAGAGGCGGUGGCCAGUUGCAGAAGGUGUUUAACUACUUCGAUGAGAAUGGGGACGGAAGAAUAUCAGCAGCUGAGUUGCAAAGCUGUUUGAGGACGGUGGGAGGGGAGCUGUCGGCGGCCGAAGCUGAAGCUGCCGUACAGUCUUCCGAUUUAAAUGGAGAUGGGCACUUGGACUUUUACGAGUUCCACAAGCUGAUGGAGAACGGGAGUGUUGACGAGGAACAGAAAAAUAGAGACCUAAGAGAGGCUUUUGGGAUGUAUGUAAUGGAAGGGUCGAGUUGCAUCACCCCGGCCAGUCUAAAGAGGAUGCUCAGCCGUCUGGGUGAGUCCUCCUCCAUCGACGAUUGUAAGGCUAUGAUCCGUGCCUUUGAUCUCAAUGGAGACGGGGUUCUCAGCUUUGAGGAAUUCGCCAUUAUGAUGCACUGAAUAGCUUCUUUAUUAGUCUCUGCAGUAGACUAUCCAUUGCAUUUAUUCUUUCAUUGUUACUACUGUACACAUAUUGUAAUCCCUUCAUUGAUUAUUUGUUCUACUUUCAAAUAAUAAGAAUUUAGUUGAGUUCUUUGCUCCUUUCUGGUA